GGUGCUGGCUGCGAGGAGAGAUAGGAAGCGGAAGGUACUAGUAGCGGCGGGGCGAGCGAGGGGCGGCGGCGGGGCAGUAGGAGGGGCCCGGGCCAGGGUCUUUUCGCGGUCCGAUGCCGGUGUUUGUCGCACCUGAGCCUUGAAGCCCCUCCUGGCUUGAGGCCGGCCGCUGACAGCGCCCCGUUUGCGGAGAGGCACCCGCAGGGAGUCCGUGCUUAUCAGAAACGUAAUAAAUGAAGUCAGUGGAUCAGCUCGGUGCUGAGAUAGGGCAGAAAGCUGUGUGCUGUGGUAGCGCUGGGGCGAUGUGACCGGGGGUCAUCCCUGCCUUGAGAUCAGAGAGCCAGAUAGCCGUUCACACAAUGUCAGUGGCUGCUUACUGCAUAUUUUGCUGUAGACAAAUAGGAACUUCUGGUCCAGCCACCAAAAACCCCCCAUCUUGGAAUGAUAUAAUUAUUUCUUCGGCAUGUAACUGCUUCUUGUCUGCAUGCCACAAUUCUUAAAGUCUUGCAAAGGCAGAAGCUGGUGGCAGUGGGUCUAGGGCAAACCUCCUGGUUCAUGCUGAAGGAAACCAAUUAUUCAUGAUAGGAAAAAUUGCAAAAGUAACUGGAUCGCUUAUACUAGGAGGUUUUGUAUUCAUUACAUAUGAAGUUUUGUCCUUAAAGAAGUUACUGCAAAUCGAUACUCAAGCUAUACAUCAAGAAAAGCUUAAAUCCCAUGUGUAUAUACGUACAUCUUCUCUAAAUCCAAAUGAAUAUCAAGGGAUCACAUACCAAGCCAGAAAAGAAAUCCAUAGAGCAGUAAGGAAAAUUCUCGAGGCAGAAGCUAAAAUUUUCCGGAGACCUUUUAAUGAACACUUUAGUACAUUUGAUGGAGAAGACCAUGAAUGUGCCUUAUGGCUCCUCUUAAAAAGGACUCAGUCAGAAGACAAAGAGGUCCGACUGCAGGCUGUGCAAGAGCUGGCAAAGAACACUCACUGGCACGGUAAUGUAUGCUGGUAUUAUCAGUAUGGUACAGUUGCCCAAACCUGUGAUCAAAGGACUGCUAUAGGUUUGGCUCGGUCCAAAGAUAUCGACCUUCGCUUUUUCCUGCCUCCACCAUCAUUGCCAAAAAUGAAAAAUGAUUAUCUCAUAGAAGAUGAGCUUCGAUUGCUCUUAGUUUCUUUACCUCAGACUGGCCUUGAUCCAUGCGUCCAGUACUUCACAUCUCUUGCUUUACGUGAAAGUAGUCAGACUCUUGCUGCACAGAGGGGAGGCUUAUGGUGUUUUGGAGGAAAUGGACUUCCAUAUUGUGAGACGUUGGGUAAAGUUCCUUCGGAGACAGUAGAACUCUUUUGCUUGCAAGCUUUAGUGCAACAUUCUAAGGUUUCAUCUCACUGUGAUAAAAUUGAAGCUCAGGGCGGCCUUCAGCUGCUGCAGAGGAUAUACCAGCUACGUAAAGACUCUGCAAAAAUACAGAGAAACAUAAUUCGUAUUAUUGGAAAUAUGGCUUUGGAUGAGCGUCUUCAUUCAUCCAUAGUACGUGCAGGUUGGGUUUCUGUACUUGCUGAAGUAAUGAAAUCCCCACAUGUCAUUCAGUCUUCUCAUGCAUCCAGAGCUUUGGCUAACCUAGACAGGGACACGGUACAGGAGAAGUAUCCGGAUGGUGUUUAUGUCUUACAUCCACAAUAUCGUAGCAGUCAGCCCAUCAGAGCAGACGUCCUUUUUGUUCAUGGUCUUUUGGGAGCAGCGUUUAAAACCUGGCGACAGCAAGACAUUGACCAACCUGUGGAUAAAAAGGCUUCAGAAGUGCAAGAGGAAUACAGCCAGUGCUGGCCAAAGACAUGGCUGGCUUCAGACUGUCCUGCCCUUAGAAUCAUAUCUGUGGAGUAUGACACUCGUUUGAGUGACUGGAAAGCAAAAUGUCCUGUUGAGCCUCACAGGACGUCUAUUGCCUACAGGAGCAACGAGCUUCUGGAGAAGCUCAGAGCUGCUGGGAUUGGAGAGAGACCCCUGGUGUGGGUGUCACACAGCAUGGGUGGUCUUCUAGUGAAAAAGAUGCUGGUGGAUGCUUCCAAGAAUCCAGAAAUGGAUAAAAUUGUAAACAACACGAGAGGAGUCAUAUUUUAUAGUGUACCUCACCAUGGCUCCCAGCUGGCUGAAUAUUCCAUAAGUGCCAGAUAUCUUCUCUUUCCUUCUGUGGAAGUUAAAGAACUCAGCAAGGAUUCUCCUGCCCUUAAAGUGCUGAAUGAUGACUUCCUGUCUUUUGCCAAAGAUAAGAAAUUUCCAGUACUGAGUUUUGCAGAAACCUUGCCAACACAUAUAGGCAGCAUGUUGAAGCUGCAUGUCGUCCCUCUGGAGUCAGCAAAGUUAGGUAUUGGAGAACUUAUUCCAGUGGAUGUAAAUCAUCUUAAUAUUUGUAAGCCAAAGAAGAAGGAUGCUUUCCUGUACCAGCGUACAUUGAAGUUCAUUCAGGAUGUUUUAGCCACUGACCUUGGGGAAUGAGGUUUUUGCCAUCCUUGUCUACUUCUAUUUAGUGUAACACAGUAAGUUCUUCUAACAAUUGUUAGAGGAUCUGCAAAACUGCAGAGAUGCUACUUAUGUCGAUAGCAUCUACUGCUAAAACAACUUUUGGUACAUCUUGAACUUAAGAGACAUCACUAACUUAUUUCUGAAACCUAUUCAAAACAAAUACAAACUGAAACAUAAUAGCACAAACUUGGCAAAAAGAAAAUGGGUGUUGGCUUAGAGUAGCCAUGAUCUGUUGGCAAACUGUGUGCAGAUUUUCCAGCAAUCUGGCUGAGAAUGGAUGGAGAAGUCCUUCUGGAGUAACACAGCUAGUGUAUGGAGGGUGCCCAGUGCAUCUCCUUUUAGACAAGAAAGGUUGCUCUGAAGGUAGGUGGUCUCAGUAAUGUCCAUAUGCAUCUGGGACUUUAAGUCUUAUGAUUUGUAUGAGAAACAAUUGAAAUGGUUAUUUGUUAUGUCAAAGGUGGAAAGAAGCAUUUGGUUGCCUUAAAGCUUUGGUUUACUGUCCAUGUUUAGUAUGAUAGAAGUCUCAGAAAAUUCAUGUGUGUGAAGGUAGCAUUUUGGUUAGUGGCCCAAUUAUGGACAUUUUUCUAAUUUGUCUUUUUGUUUAAUAGACUCACCCAGGUUUGUUAGCAAAGAUGGCGUCUGUUUUCUGUCUGAGAAAGAGAUAAAAGCUUCACUAAUUUCUGGAGGUUGUCUUGCAUAAACAACUGUAGUUGAUUUAAUCCAUUUGUAUAAAUGAGAAGAAAAAAUUUAGAAAAAAAACAAAUGUUUACAUUCUUGUGCAUUUCUCUUUUAAUCUUUAGUGACUUAUGAGAUUACUUUCUUUAAGAUAGCAUGUAUGCAGUCAGACUGAGGGCAGUUCUGUGCUUGGUCACUUGGAAGGUACAGAACGGAGGCCAGGAUAUUUUUCUUGAAAGGCUCGUGGGAUGUACUGAAUAGGUGUCCCCAGCUCACAUUACUCAUUUAGGAGAUCUUCAGCUGAUUUAAGAAGAGCACUGAGAAUGCUCCCAUGGGGUCAGACAGCUGCAGACCCCAACAAGGAAGCUGAUGUUUGGAGCUUGGAGCUCAGGUCGAGGGAAAAUUAAAGCAGAAAAUAAAAAUUGGGUGAUUAUAUGAUCUCAGUUGAAAUGCAAAGGGUCCCAGGGCACUCGAAGUCCAAGUGUAUUUAUUGGUGUAGAUACAGAGAAAGACAAAAGUGUUGUCUUAUUUGAGUUGUUUCAUGUUAAGGAUACCUUAACAGCACUGAUGGGAAAGAAAUAUUUUUAGAAAAAAAUGGCAGCACUCAGUCACUUUUUUAAAGUAAGUCGUAGGUAGUUUGCAACACAGUAAGAGAAGCCCAGUUGAAGUGCCGGUUCUUUCCUACCUUCCUUUCCACUCCCAGCUCUCUCUGAAGACAAACAGGAUGUGAUUAGGCUGUGUUCCUGUGGCUGACAAUCUGUUAAGUAAGGCCUGUAUUGACAACAGGCAGAAGAAGUCUCUUAGCAUCACUUGGAUGAUAUGGAUCUAAUCUUACCAGCCUUAGAAUAAUGGCUCUAAAAGCUACCAGAGAGAUGUGGUGCAGUCCUUUAUGGGCUUGGUGCAGGUGUCAGAGGCCAUUGCUGUCCUGCCGGGUUCUGAGGCAGCUGUUUCUAUUACAGAGCACUGUGGCCCAGGGAAAACACCACAUCUAAAAACACAUUUUUUGGAAGUUGAGUCUUGCUGAAGUUGCAUGGUAAAAUUCACAACCCACAUCAGUACAGAGAAUGUGCAGCACUACACUCACAAAAGAGCAUUUUUUAAUAAUCAAGAUACAGGAAAGAACACUGGAUGGCAGUAUUUCAGGUAGAAAAUGUAAUAGAACUGUUGUAACUUCUGAAGAGGUUUAUCCUGUUUAAAUUGUGGUUUAAACUUUAGAGUGUAAAUAUAUUGGAAUACUUUGUGCUCACGAAGUUGAGAGUAUGUCAGUCCCAUUGCCAGUAGAAAACUUCUAAUAACUGACUGUGCUUGGUAUGACAAACCUUGUAGUGAUUUUAAUGGACUUCUUUGGCUUAAGGGGAUUCAGAUCAUUGAUGUUACACAUUAAUCUUGUUCAGUAAUGCAUCUGUGCUCUGUUACUGUAACUGGAACUCAAGACAACUUUCUCCUUUUUGUUAUUAAAUGUAUGUAUGUGUAACUUCUAAAACUAAUAUUUUCAGUUGUGCUUUUUUGAGAAUAUAGUAACAAAAUGUGUUUUUAAAAAGUGCAGUAAAUAUGCCACAAAAUAUAUUAAAGGUGAUUGAUUGUAAAAAGAA